UUGAAGCUUUCACAGUAAAAUUGAAGCAUUUAUAACAUUAUCGAAACUGCAACUUUUCUACACACACUGCAGGCUACAGAGCUUCAAUGCACAAGACCACCCUUUCAUCAGAUCAUCACUUCCCAAUACUCUAAACACAUCUAAAAGAUCCUUCUCUCUCUCUCUCUCUCUCAACAAACUCAUUGUUGAAGAAGAUUUGAAGAAAAAACAUGCAGCAUUCAACUUAUUUCUUAACUUUCUUGCUUCUUGUUGCAGUGUUCAACAAUGAGGUUAAAGGACAGCCUCUUGUCCCUGCAUUGUUCAUAUUUGGUGACUCUGUUGUUGAUGCAGGAAAUAACAACAACUUAUACACAGUUGUUAAAUCAAACUUCCCUCCUUAUGGAAGAGACUUCAAGGAUCACAUGCCAACUGGGAGGUUUUGCAAUGGAAAACUUGCAUCAGAUUUUACAGCGGAAAACCUUGGAUUUACUACUUACCCACCAGCUUAUCUCAACUUAGAGGUCAAAGGAAAAAACCUCUUGAAUGGUGCCAACUUUGCCUCUGCUGCUUCUGGCUACUAUGAUUCUACGGCCAAACUAUAUCAUGCAAUUUCAAUGACCGAGCAGCUGGAACACUAUAAAGAUUGCCAGAAUAUAUUGGUUGGAGUAGCAGGGAAAUCAAAUGCUUCAUCAAUUAUAUCUGGUGCUGUAUAUCUUAUUAGUGCUGGAAGCAGUGACUUUAUUCAGAAUUAUUACAUAAAUCCUCUGCUUUACAAGGUUUACACUGCUGAUCAAUUCUCAGACAUUCUCAUGCAAAACUAUGCUAUUUUCAUUCAGAAUUUAUAUGCACUUGGGGCAAGGAGAAUUGGUGUGACAACAUUACCUCCAAUGGGUUGCUUGCCAGCAGCCAUCACUCUUUUUGGUUCUCAUAGCAAUGAAUGUGUGGCCAGGUUAAACACUGAUGCUAUGAACUUCAACAAUAAGCUAAACACCACAACUCAAAGCUUGCAAAAAUUGCUUAGUAACCUAACAUUGGUUGUCCUUGAUAUCUACCAACCUCUCCAUGACCUUGUCACUAAGCCUUCAGAAAAUGGAUUUUUUGAAGCAAGGAAGGCUUGUUGUGGAACUGGCUUGGUAGAGAUAUCUAUAUUGUGCAAUAAGGACUCCAUAGGAACAUGUGCCAAUGCUACUGAGUAUGUAUUUUGGGAUGGUUUUCAUCCCUCUGAGGCUGCAAACAAGGUUUUGGCUGAUGAUUUGCUCAUUUCUGGCAUCUCUCUCAUAUCCUAAUCCAACACUUUGUGGAUCAUUAUCAGCUUUAUUUUAUAUUUAUUCUUUUCACUUUUAAGUGUUAUGUGUGGCUAAUGAUGUUCAAUGAGUUUGGUUUAUGUAUAAGGAGCUUGAAUAUGAUUAAUUACAAAGCUCACUAGGUGUUUCAUUCUUGUAAUAAGUCCAAAAUUCUUGAAAUCUGUGUAAAUUUUCUGUUUGAGUGUUCAAAGCAGCUCUUGCUAGAUUUGCCUUCA